AUGGGAAGUUUAGUCUCCGAAGAAAUUAGAAGUAACGGCUCCAAAGCUGGCAGUCCAGGAGAUAAUAAAGUGAUACCAAUGGAACUCGAUAGGACCGAAUGCGGACAAAAGGGCCAUAUAGUAAAAAUGUGCCCCAACAAACAAACCUCAAACCCCGGGACUUCUUCAAGCACAAAUGCUAAUGUUGAGCAAGCGAACUUGAUAGAAAAAGAA